AUGAGCAACAACUCAAACUUCCUAGACUUCACUGACCCUCGCUCCUUCUCCUCCUCCUCUCUUCCUACGCCCUCCGAACAACCGAUCAACUGCGGGAAUGGGAUCGCAACGGAGCAGAAGGCGUGCGAGAUCGUCAAGCAGGCGAUCGAUGCGGAUGUCAAGCAGGAAUGGAACGAGGCGUUCAAGCUGUACAAGAACUCGCUCGACUACUUCAAUAUGGCGUACAAGUACGAGAAGAACCCGAAACUCAAGGACCUGAUCCGCUCCAAAGUCGAAGAGUACCUCGAGCGCGCCGAGAAGCUCAAAGACCACAUCCAGGCGUCCGAGGCGAAAGCCAAGGCUGAUUCGCAGGGCGGUGGGAAGGCGAUUAGUGGAGGGGGAGGUGGGGCGCAGGCGAAGAAGGGAACGGGGGACGACGAUGAUGCCGAUACGAAGAAAUUGAGGGACGGGUUGUCCAGCGCCAUCCUCUCCGAAACGCCCAACGUGCGAUGGGAAGACGUCGCCGGUCUCGAACAAGCCAAAGAAUCCCUCAAAGAAGCCGUCAUCCUCCCCAUCAAGUUCCCCCACCUCUUCACCGGCAAACGCACGCCCUGGCGCGGAAUCCUCCUCUACGGGCCGCCGGGAACGGGAAAGAGUUUCCUCGCCAAGGCAGUCGCGACGGAGGCGAAGAGCACGUUCUUUAGUGUUAGUUCGUCGGAUUUGGUCAGCAAGUGGAUGGGUGAGAGUGAGCGGCUCGUCAAGCAGCUCUUCGCCAUGGCGCGCGAACACGCCCCCUCCAUCAUCUUCAUCGACGAGAUCGACUCUCUCUGCGGAACACGAGGGGAAGGCGAGUCCGAAGCCUCGCGGCGAAUCAAGACCGAGUUUCUCGUCCAGAUGAACGGGGUUGGGAACGACCAGUCGGGUGUGUUGGUGCUCGGUGCGACGAAUAUCCCGUGGGCGCUGGAUGUGGCUAUCAAGCGACGAUUCGAAAAACGCAUCUACAUCCCCCUCCCCGACCCCGCCGCACGCGUCAAGAUGUUCCACCUCAACAUCGGCACGACCCCUUGCCAUCUCUCACAGGCAGACUACCGCAAGUUGGCCGAGAUGACGGACGGUUACUCGGGUUCGGAUCUGGCCGUCGUCGUGAGGGACGCGUUGAUGCAGCCUGUGAGGAAGGUGUUGAGUGCGACGCAUUUCAAAGAGGUCCCCGUACCAGUCGAAGCAGAAGACGGUUCCUCACAAACAGUGCGGAAACUCACGCCUUGCUCGCCUGGCGACAAGGGCGCGAAGGAGAUGACCUGGAACGACGUCAACAGCGACGAGUUGCUCGAACCGCCUUUGACCUACAACGACUUUGUCCGCGCCGUCCAGUCCGCCAAGCCGACCGUCACGCAGGAGGACAUCAAGCAGCAUUUGGUCUUUGCGCAGGAGGGCGGGAGCGAAUGA